AUGUCUUCAACCAACACUACUGAGAAAACGAAGGAGCAAAAAUUCCAUGAAUACAUAUUGAGCUUGCCCCAAGACAAAGUUGACGCCAUCAAAGGAAAGCCAUUGGAGGUGUUGAAAGUAAUCGACGACUAUCCCGAACGCUUUAUGGACAUUGGCCGUCAAAAGGGCGAGUUAAUCACUGCGGAGAUCAGAGAAAAGAAACCUAAAGUUAUGAUCGAGUUGGGUGGGUACUUGGGCUACUCAGCAGUCUUGUUCGCCAAUGAAUUGAUUAAAGAUCCCGAAGCCAAGUACUAUAGCUUCGAGGUGAAUCCAGAAUUCGCCAAAAUUGCCACCGAUGUCAUCCGCUUGGCUGGAUUGUCCAAGAAAAUCGAAAUCAUUGUUGGAAAAGCCGCCUACACAUUGGUGGACUUCAAAGAGAGAUUCAACAAGAAUGGUCUGUUUAAAGCGUUAGAUUUCAUAUUCAUUGACCAUUGGAAGGAUCUAUAUGUGCCUGAUUUGAGAGAGUUGGAGUCUCUCAACUUUAUUGCACCGGGUACUGUGAUUACUGCCGACAACAUUUUGAUGCCCGGUGCUCCCGAAUAUGUCAAGUAUGUCAGGUUAUCUCCAGAAGAAAAGAAGGAAUAUAACGAAAAGAAUCCAAACCCUAAUGGUGAUGAGUUUUUGGGAAGAUGGAAUAUCUUGUACGACACUGAUACUGUCAAAGUCGAGUACCCUGGUGGCCGUGUAGAUGCUAUUGAGAUUACUAAAUGCACUGACUAUCUCUCUGGAUGA